AUGUACGAGGUGCAGCCCACCACGCUGGCCCCGCCCGCAGUCACUGCCCUGCGGAAGCAGGCCUCGGGGAGCAGCGCACAGCAGCGCGUCAACAUGGAGCGCACCGUCAGCCAGGACAUGCGCGAGGAGCGCGAGGACCUGAAGGAGGCCGCCGAGCACAGCCUGAACAUCAUCAUGGACCUGGACCUGGCCGCCAAGGUCCGCUACGUCAGCCCCUCGUGGUGGGACGUGGUGGGCACCUCGCCUGACGCCGUCGUCGGCAAGCCCGUCCUCGACAUCAUCUUCGCCGGCCAAGAUGGCUUCGCCAAGACCAUCGAGUCGGUCAGGAAGUACGACUCGCGCAGUCACAUCGCCCGCUUCUCCGUGUGCAUGGGGCCACACUCAAUGCUCCGGCGCAAACGCUCCCGGCCGACCGUCGACGGGGAGCAGCACACGGUGCCGCCGUCGCCAACAAAGACCGACGACGAGGAGGAGCAGAUCCUGAACCUCGAGGCGCAGGGCAUCAUGGUGUACGACCGUGCAACAGGGGCCGAGAGUCAUACAAUGUGGAUGAUCCGCCCAUCAGUGCUCCGCGAGGUCACCAUCGACCUCCCCGAGGAGCUCGUCGAGUCUCUGGGCGUCGGCGCCGAGGUCCUCGCCCACUACCUGACUGGACUGGCCGAGCAAGGGGCCAAUGACCCAAGAAACCAUCCGCCGCCGCUGCCUGUACUCUGCCGAAUCUGCGAACGCCAGAUCACCCCCUGGUGGUUCGAGAAGCACUCCGAGCUGUGUCUGCAAGAACACCGCGCCGAGAUGGACGUUCAGAUGGCGCAAGAAACCCUCUCCGAGCACCGCAACGCUAUUGUCAGAGUCCUCGAUACCCUGGAGGCGCAGGCACGACCGUCAAGGGCGUCUCCUACCGACCCAGCAGCCCUGAUUCAGCCACCCGAGUACCACGGCCACCUCAUCCAACCGCUGUCGAAUCCUUCGUCCGGCACACCCUCUGGACGCAAUUCACCCGCUUCCCCGCCUUCGAGAUCGAGGGAGCGGUCCAGCGCCUCCGGUUUCGGGCACCACCGCGCACGAUCCUUUGCUGUCCGACGGCCACUUGCGCGCAUCGUUGAACUAGUGCUCGAUCUGUGCGACACCACGCUCGAAGUCAACACACCAGCCAUCAAGGACAACAUUCGCAACGCAUCUGAGAUCCGGACGCAGUCACCGCAGUCGGAGAACCGCAUCUCGCAGGUGCUGCAAUGGCAGUCACCCACUUCAGGCUCGACAGACUUUAGCGAAGGAUUGAAGCUGCUGUGCGAGGACACGCAUCGACUUGCAAAAGCCAAGAUUGAUGCCGUGUUUCGACACCGUCAGAUCCUGGAGUACUCUGAACGACUGCGCAUCGAGUUCGACAUACUGGUCCAAGAGUGCAUAGAGGCUGCCAUUGUCAAAGCUGCUCGCAUCGCAGCAGGAGAGGAUAGUUCCUCGGACGACGAGCAGGCCGAGGAAGAAGUGCAGCCAGAUGUGAAUGACAUACCUGGUGGCGACGAGGGAAUCUUCCCUGGAUCCUUCGACGCUCCUUCAGCCAUGGCCCAUGUUCUAUGCAACGCUUCAGACACAUCUCUACCAAUGCGAGUUGGUCGGCGAGAGUCAUCUGUGGCGGAUUCAAACCGGUCAAGUAGCCCAAGAGGAGGCUGCCAAACGCCUAGGUCGCACGCCGGUGCGAUCAGUAUUGCGAGUCAGAGCAACCGGAGGUCUAUGCAUUUUGAGAGCGAUGCAGGCAUGGACAGCGACACCAGUAUGCGCUCUUCGGUACUAUCUGCUCCUCGAAGAGCAGAUUCGCCUGCAAGCUCAGAACUUGGCUUGAGCAGAGUGGCUAGCUCACGAGAAAGGAAACGAAAGAGCUUGAUCUUACCAAGCGUUCUGUCCAGCCGUCAACAGUCACCAGCCCGCACUAUGCACCAGGCGCCGCCAUCUUCACCACUGAGAAUGACAAAGCCUCGAUUGCCCAGCGCCGCUGAGGCGUUGCAGUCACCGAUCACAUCGCCCGUACUUACGACAACCGAGUUUUCGUCGCCCGCCAUGUCGAUGGCUAUCAAUCAUCACCGCAGACAAUCGUCCACCGCAGGGUCUGACGGGCCGAGAGCCUUGUCGCCUCGCCUCUUGCCAGUCACCCAGCCGCAGCCACGCGCCGUUCCUCCCUCAAUCAAAGACUUCGAGGUCGUCAAGCCCAUCAGCAAAGGUGCGUUUGGAAGCGUGUACCUUGCGAAGAAGAAGUCUACCGGGGAAUACUAUGCGAUCAAGGUCCUGAAAAAAGCCGACAUGGUAGCCAAGAACCAGGUCACCAACGUCAAGGCCGAACGCGCUAUCAUGAUGUGGCAAGGCGAGAGUGACUUCGUUGCAAAGCUGUACUGGACAUUCUCGAGCAAGGACUACCUGUACCUGGUCAUGGAGUACCUGAAUGGCGGUGAUUGCGCUUCGCUCAUCAAAGUUCUCGGUACGCUACCUGAAGAUUGGGCGAAGAAAUACCUUGCCGAAGUGGUUCUUGGUGUCGAACAUUUGCACAGCCGCAGCAUCGUCCAUCGCGAUCUCAAGCCAGACAACCUUUUGAUUGAUGCAAAGGGCCAUUUGAAGCUGACUGACUUUGGUCUGUCACGCAUGGGUAUGAUUGGUCGUCAGAAGCGUGCUUUGAAGUCUGAUCCCAAUGAGGCUGCCCCCGACCUUCUCAAGGCUGGGCCGUUCCAUCGCGCUGCCUCUGGCUCGUCUGCCUCUCGUUCUGCGUCAUUCGACCUCAACCCUUCGCCGUCCACGACCCCAUCAAUGACGCCUGCUCUCGCUGGCGAUCUCGGCCAGCCAUCCUACUUCAGCCUCAGCCGAGACACAUCUCACAGCCGCGAGCAGUCCAGGAGAGCAUCAGGUAAUCGUAGCGAUAGUGCUGACAGCGAUGCGCUGCAAGCAAUGUUCCGCCGGUUCUCGAUCGCCGACUCCAACUUCGGACCUGGACAACGAACACCCAUCGAAGAAGAGGACUUCAGCGACAAUGGGUCUCCAGACAUCCUCGCGCCUACAAUGAGCAGCUCUGCUGUUGCGCAAGCUCAGAAUCAGACCCCACCUGCUACAUCACACAUGCCUCCUCCGCACAUGGCACUGUUCGAUCCAGAAGACAGCAACGAGAGGAAGUUCGUUGGUACUCCUGACUAUCUAGCCCCGGAAACGAUCGCUGGCAAUGGUCAGGACGAAGUCAGCGAUUGGUGGUCUCUUGGAUGCAUUCUCUUCGAGUGCUUAUACGGAUACCCGCCGUUUCACGCCGAUACACCGGAUGAAGUCUUCCAGAACAUACUUGCGCGCAGAAUCGACUGGCCUUCAGAUGACGACGAUGUGUAUGAUAUCUCGGAUGAUGCCAAGGACCUAAUGAAUCGCUUGAUGUGCUCUGACCCCGCGAAGCGUCUGGGUGCCAAUGCUGAGGACAAGUAUGCGAGCGGUGGUGAAGAGAUCAGAGCCCACCCCUGGUUUGCUGAUCUCAACUGGGAGUCUCUGCGCGACGACGAGGCUUCGUUCAUUCCGGCGCCUGAAAACCCAGAAGACACAGAGUACUUCGACACCCGAGGCGCAGCUAUGGCAAACUUCUCACCGGAAUUCGAAGACCAAGGCACGUCUACUGCCGGCACUCCUAGUGCCGACUACCCUGAUAGGCCACACGAUGCGCUGUCUCGAGUGCGAUCACAGAUUAGCGUCUCGACUAUGAAGCGAGGCCUCAUACCUCUACAUAUCCCAGCUCACGUGCGGGAGGGCAGGUCUAGGAGACUUAGCGAGCCCAUGGCUACCGACGACUUUGGCAACUUCAGCUACAAGAACUUGCCUGUACUGGAGAAGGCCAAUAAGGACGUCAUUCAGAAGCUUCGCGCAGAGGCUAUGCUCCCGCAGAACAAGCCAGGCUCGGCUAUACAAUCGCCAACAAUCCAGUCGCCUUCGCCCUCCCUCGAUACCAGCCCAAUGCUUUCUGGCCCACUGAAGCGCACCUUGUCGACCACUCGAACAAAUGGCAGACCGGCGUCGCCAUCAAUGAGCGGGCCAGCGUCCUCGCCGAGUCGAGGGUCGCAGCCGUCAUCUCCAUUGCUAGUGCAAUUCAGUACUGGCCAACACCACGAGCGACGUAAGAACUCCAGCAGCUCCUCUACAUUGUCCCACUCAACGAACAAUUCAGGUUCUCUCCAGCCGGGCAGUCUCUUCGAUCCCAACCGCCUGUCGGGUUUGAGACCCUCUCCUGAGGCGAUCUCGCCCGGCAAGCCCGCAAAGACCGGGCCUGGUAUGUCGGCCUCUUUCUCAGAGAAGCUUGGGACAAGCCCGCGCCAGUCGUCGACGGGCACAACGAACUCGUCACCGCGCGCGCGUUCCCAGACGGUUGGCUCCCAAGAAGGUGACGUUGUUCGAGAUCUGCUUCCAGGUCAUCACAAGCGGCGAAGCCAGGUACUUGAUGCGUCGCCGUCGUCGUCAGACACCGAAGACUCGCGGGCUAAAGCACUUCUGCGUGUGCAGCGCCGGAGGCAGAGCUCUCGGCGACUGUCUCAGAUCAGCUUCGGCGACGGGCCCUUCUUCCGUCCGCUCGAUGUUCUCAUCUGCGAAGAUCACCCCGUGUCUCGACUCGUCAUGGAGAAACUUCUCGAAAAACUGCGAUGUCGCACUUUGACCGUCACGAACGGGUCUGAAGCCAUUCGCUACGCCAUGGGUGAAGUCAAGUUCGACAUCAUCAUGAUGGAAUUCAGACUCCCGCAAGUGAAUGGCGCCGAUGUUGCUCGGAUGAUCAGGGACACGAAAAACGCCAACACGACAACGCCCAUCGUCGCAGUGACCGGCUAUCUUAAAGAGUUGCAGGCACCACAUUACUUCGAUGCGCUCAUCGAGAAGCCCCCCACAAUUGCUAAGCUUACAGACACGCUCGGUCGAUUGUGUCAAUGGAAGUCACCUCCACCCAACUGGGCGCCGAGCCAGACGUAUCCCUCGAUGAUGCCGUCAGGUCUUCGACAAGAGUCGACACGGCAAGACGAUAGCGCCACCACGAACUCGAACUCUUCAGGGUUCUCUCAAGUAUCUGGCAGCUAUCGUGGAUCCAGCCGCGAGGACUCAAUCAGCUCAAGCUUCUUCGGUGACAACGACAGCCGCACAAGCGAGGACGUGCCAGUGACCAUUGCACGCCACGGCACAGAUGAUUGGCGCGAGCGAGACAUAGCUCAGUCGAUGAGUGGCCUUGGGAUCUCAGAACAAGAUGCAGCCGAUAUGGAUGCCAAGGAAGUCGUGCAGAAGCGAGCAGGUGCACCUGACCUACGUCCUGAUCUACCCCACGAAAACUCCGCACCGGCUGCGCUGGAAGCGGCAACGAUCCGCCGCCAACGAUCCGCCGAGCAAGUGGGUGCUAAGCGUCGUCUCCUCGAGACGCGCAAACACGAGUCUGCAGAGUCGGGCGACGACGAGGAUGAAGAACUCGGCCACACUACGGCGACAAAGACACGCAGCCCCAAGACCCCCGGGCGGCCAAAAUCCUCGUCCAAACUGGGCAUCGAGAUGAUGCGCACCAACAGCAGAGGCAGCGUCAUCUCCAUCGACACCGACAUGGGUGCGUCAGAAUCUGCGCUCGCCUCUUCCCCGCCCCCAGCCAUCACGGAGGACACGGCCGCUGAGGAGCGCGAGGCUAACCUCGCCACGCCCGACGUCCCGCACAUGAGUCUCACACCGCCUGAGAUGUUCCCUGCUAUCCCUGGUAAGGAUAGCGCCGAGUGCGAUGUGGAUGCCGUCGGCACGCCGAAAGGCACUGGUGCGGCCACACCGGACCCUGAUCCAACCCCACGAGCCAGCGCGGCGAACAGCGGGAAAUAG